AUGGCGGCUGGGCGAAGGAGUGCGAGGGACGGCCUGCGUUCAACGAACGUCCGCGGACCGGCACGGACUCAAGGUCGCCGUUCGCCGCGCCGCUCUCAGUCGCCUAUUGUAUACACGCCGCCGCCGCCGCCACCGCUGCCGCCGUGGCCCCACUGCAAACUGCAGCGUGCAGUGACGCGCAAUCAUUCGUAUCUUACGUACACUUUCUUAUUUUCAAUUGUACCGUUACAUAUU